AUGUGUGGCCCCGUGAAGAGGCGCUGGCGCAGCUGCAGGGGCCCCCACUCCUCAGAGCUGCCCGCCGCCCUGGGCCGGCCAGGCCGGACACCGGCGAGGCCCGCGGACUUCGAGCCAGCUCUUCCCGGCCUGGGCGCCAGGGGGCGCUGUCUCCCCGUUGCUGAGGCCGCGCUGGGGCCUGCAGGGCCACAGCCCCAGGUCGGGGGUCACCCUGGGGCCCCGCUCUCAGCCAGCCUGGGGGUCCCCACGGCCCUGCCUCGGGGCUCCAGGCCCCUGUCGGAGGAGCUGGGGCCGCGCCAGCGAGCGGUGGCCAGAGGUGCCCAGACGGUGGCCAUUUGGCACUCAGAGGCCACAGAGUGCACACUGAAGGUGCAAGACGGCAAGUUCAAGCUGCAGGACCUGCUGGUGGUGCCCAUGCAGAGGGUGCUCAAGUACCACCUGCUCCUGAAGGUGAGCCGGUCAGGCGGCCUCGGCCGCGGAGCCCACUGGGAGGGCGCGAGGGGAGCCCGCGGCUUCUGCGCCGCCUUCUGCAUGACCCGUGAGCGCGUGGCCCGUGAGCGCGUCGCCCGUGAGCACGUGACCCAUGGUACAGUAGCGGAGUGUCUGUGUCACGUCACACAAAGGAACGUUGUGGCUAAGGCCAGUUGCCGGAAACUGCCGGGAAGCCGGCGCCUGGGCAGGCCCCGGGCGCUGCAAGUGAAACUGGAGGAGUUUGGGAGGCCGAAGAUAGACGGGGAGCUGAAGGUCCGGUCCAUAGUGAACCACACCAAGCAGGACAGGUACUUGUUCCUAUUCGACAAGGUGGUCAUCGUCUGCAAGAGGAGGGGCUACAGCUACGAGUUGAAGGAGAUCAUCGAGCUGCUCUUCCACAAGAUGACCGAUGACCCCAUGAACAACAAGGACAUCAAGAAGUCUCACGGGAAAAUGUGGUCCUACGGCUUCUACCUCACGCACCUGCAAGGGAAGCAGGGCUUCCAGCUCUUCUGCAAGACGGAGGACAUGAAGCGGAAGUGGAUGGAGCAGUUCGAGAUGGCCAUGUCCAACAUCAAGCCGGACAAGGCCAACGCCAACCACCACAGCUUCCAGAUGUACUCGUUCGACAAGACCACCAGCUGCAAGGCCUGCCGGAUGUUCCUCAGGGUGCUGGACAUGGACAGGCUUCGGGGCGGAGUGAUGCACGUGGACAGGCUUUGGGGCAAGGUGCUGGACGUGGACAGGCUUCGGGGCGGAGUGAUGCACGUGGACAGGCUUCGGGGCGGGGUGACGGAGGUGGAUAGGCUUCGGGGCGGGCGGGGCUCCCCCGCAGACGUGGAAGCCUCUGGAGCCGGCCCAGGUCCCAAGAUGGUGGCCGUCCAGAAUUACCACGGGAACCCCGCCCCCCCCGGGAAGCCGGUGCUGGCUUUGCAGACUGGCGAUGUGAUCGAGCUCCUGAGAGGAGGCCCCGAGUCCCAGUGGUGGGAGGGCCGGCUGGUGCAGACCAGGAAGUCGGGCUACUUCCCGAGCGCGUCCGUGAAGCCCUGCCCGGUGGACGGACGGCCGCCCGUCAGCCGGCCGCCGUCCCGGGAGAUCGACUACACCGUCUACCCGUGGUUCGCAGGCAACAUGGAGCGCCAGCAGACGGACAGCCUGCUCAAGUCCCACGCCAGCGGGACCUACUUGAUCAGGGAGCGGCCAGCCGAGGCCGAGCGCUUUGCCAUCAGCAUCAAGUUCAACGAUGAGGUGAAGCACAUCAAGGUGGUGGAGAAGGACAGCUGGGUCCACAUCACGGAGGCCAAGAAGUUUGAGAGCCUCUUGGAGCUGGUGGAGUACUACCAGUGCCAUUCGCUCAAGGAGAGCUUCAAGCAGCUGGACACCACCCUCAAGUACCCCUACAAGUCCAGGGAGCGCGCAGCGUCCAGGUCCUCCAGCCGGUCCCCAGGUAAUGCUCAGCGGUGCUCUCCUGGAGGGGCCACUGCCCCCGCCCCCCGCCCUGCUCCCGGGGCUGGCGGUGACCUGACUCCGGCAGCCGGCCGGGCCACCUUGGCCGAGGCUGAACUGCGGGAGGCUGCCCCUCGCGCUGAGGCCGCCGGGCCCCGCCGCGAGGUGGCACGGCCAAGGCCCGCCGGCGCUGACCUGCCCACCCAGGGCCACGCGCGCCCCGGCAGCCCGUGA